AUGAGAAACAGAGACAGUUGGUUUACCAGGUCAUUUCCUUGUCAAACUUAUUUGACAAAGCAGAGAAUCUCAAGUCCAAAUCAAGAGAAGAAAAAAUAGGAGAAUGAAGAAGACAUUUGUGUGUGAUGAAUCAAUGAUCAUCACUAUUCCCAUUGGGAAUCUGAGGGACCGUGAAGUGAGCCAUGUGAUGCCAGAAAACUUCCGCUGUGUGUUCAAAGAUUCCUUCAAGGUCUUUGUUGUUAAGGGAAAACCUAAACCUCUCGGAGCAGCCCAAGCCAUCACUGGUGUGUUUCUUUGUGCUCUUGGUCUGAUUUUGAGAGACUCGUUCACUAUGAUCUUCACCCUGCCAAGUGUUCUGUUUGUGGUCACUGGUGUGCUGACUUAUGCUGCAGGACAAGCUCCACACAUGCCUGUGGCAAAGCUGUCAUUCUCUCUGGACAUUAUCAGCUUCUUCUGGUCAAUUGGAGCAUUGUCUAUCAGCGUGAUCCACUUGUAUGCCCCAUAUUAUAACACCAGCAAUGUGACGGUGAUGCAAGGAAUCAGUGGAUUGGUAAUGAGUCUGCUGGUUGUUGAAAAUUUAGUAUCCCUAUUCUUGAUCUACUGGCUGAGUAAAGCUGUUUGCAGACAACACUUCAACACUUUGCCCACCAUACUGCUGAAACGCGGUGACUAAAUCUAAUCUUCAUGGAGCUCAACAAACCAAAGACCAAACCAACAAACUAUAUUUGUACAUAAACUCUUAACUUCUCGACUGUAUAAAAUGUGCAUAGCAGCCUGACAGUUUGGUAUGUCACUCAAUAUCUGCAAUGCAAAGCGGUAUUACAUAUGAAUAUAAUGUGUUAGCCAUUACUUGUGUGUUAACUUGCCUGUUAAUAUUGCCUUUUGCAUAACUUUAUAACAGCAGUCACAUCCAUGUAAAGAUUUUUUUAAGCUGUAUAGAGUCUCAACUCCUAGCAGAUGUUAGAUAAUAUGUGAAAACCUGCACUGGUUCUCUAUAUCACUAAUAACUUUAGACUGAUUAUUGAUUGUUAUGAUAGCCUGUUGAUCGGCUGGCUUGAUUGCAUGGCUGUUUAACAAAUACCAAACAUUCAGGAGUUUAGGAGCUUGUUCCGACACAAUUCUUUAAUUUCAUUUAAAAAAAAACUGCAAUGACAUUUAGAUUUGUCUUAAAUUUUCAGCGACACAUUAGGGGUUUUCUGUGAAUUCAAUCUCACCUUGACAGCUGCAAUUUAUGACCAUUAAGACUUGAUUUUAGAUUUUGAUUGUAGUAAGAGUCGGGCUCCUAGUACAAACUUUGAUCUUGAAUGAUUCUACAUUCAGCUUUGGAUUAGUGUGUUAUUCUGGACUGUUCUUAUCUAAAAAUAAAGGUGAGGCUUUUGUUGAGGACUCCUGUGCCCUCAAGCUGACAAGAGUCUGUCACUUUUUAAAUUUUAAUCCAUGUUUUUUUUUGUUUCUUUUGUUUUUGUUUUUUUAAAAAAACUUUUUAUAACCUGUUAUUCGUUCACUUGUGAAACACGUAACUUUGUUUUGAACCUCUAAAUAAAGCAAAUUAAUACAUUU